CCUUGUUCCUCUCUCCGUUGCUGAGACUUCUCCCACGGCAUGGAGAAAGCCAGCAAGAUCUCUCCUUUCCGCCUCUCCUCCCUUCUCCGCCUCGAGAAAAAUCCUAGCCUUGCCCUCGAGCUCUUCCGGAACCCUAGGGCCACCGCGCCCGCGACGCCCCCGAAGCCGUUCCGUUACAGUGCCCGGUCCUACGACCUCAUCAUCUGCAAGCUCGGCAGGGCGCGGAUGUUCGCCGAGAUGGAGGACGUUCUCCACCAGAUGAGCGUCGAGACCCGGUUCACCCCCAAGGAGGCCCUCUUCUGCCACGUUAUCUCCUUCUAUGGCCGGGCCCAGAUGCUCCCCGCCCUCCACGCCUUCGAACGGAUCGCGUCCUUCCGGUGCCGGCGGACCAUCCGGUCUUUCAACUCCCUUCUCCACGCGAUGAUCAACUGCGGAGAUCUCGAAAGGGUCCAGUCCUUGUGGCGAGAUCUCGACGAGCGCGAGUUCGUUCCGGAUGCGUGCACCUAUAACGUGUUGAUCCGUGCCGCGACGUUGUCCGGGUCGCUGGUGGAAGCCUGGGACCUGUUCGACGAAAUGCGAAGGAAGGGGAUUCGGCCGAGCGUCGCCACUUUUGGGACUAUGGUCUCUGCUCUCUGCGUGAACUCGAAGCUAGAUGAAGCCUUUGGAUUAGAAAAGGAGAUGCUGAAAGUGUACGGCGUGAAGCCUAACGUUUACAUAUACACCUCUCUGAUAAAAGGGCUUUGUAAUACAAAUAAGUUGGACCUCGCCCUCAAGCUUAAAGAGAAGAUCAUCUUGGACAAGGACAUAAAGUUGGACUCAGCGAUGUAUUCUACUCUAAUCCGAGCGCUCUUUCGAGAUGGCAGGAAGGGUGAGGUGGUGGGGAUUCUGGAGGAGAUGAAAGAGAAGGGAACAAAGCCCGACACCGUUACCUACAAUGCAAUGAUCGCGGGGUUCUGUGAGGAUGAGAAGGACUUCGAUGCUGCAUUUGAGGUGCUGAACGAGAUGGCGAGAAACGGGUGCAAGCCGGAUGUGGUGAGUUAUAAUACGAUCAUCGCGGGUUUUUGCAGAGAGAGGAGGUGGAGGCAUGCGAGUGAGCUGUUCGAAGAUAUGCCGAGGAGGGGGUGCCGACCUGAUGUGGUGACUUACCGAACACUCUUCGAGGGAAUGUCCGAUGCGGGGGAGUUCAAGGAGGCGGGAUUGCUUUUGGACGAGAUGGUGUUUAAAGGCUACGCGCCUGGAGCGGUGAGUGUGAGGAAGUUGGUGGAGGGACUCAGUGGAGAAGGAGUGGGUGAUCGGGUGGGGCCAGCUUUGUGUAGUUUGGCGAAGGUGAAUGCUGCGGGAGUAGAAGUGUGGGAGAAGGCGAUCGGGGGCUUGUUGAAUGAGUCUGAGCUGUUGAAGAUAGUUAAGUUUAUGGAUCGCUUAAGAAUGGAUUAGACGCCUGGAAAGCUGAUGGAUUGUUUGAGAAUGGUAGAAUUCCGCAUGAAUUUUCUCCAUGAAGAAGUUCUUCUCUCAUGCGUUAAUUCCAUUGGAUAUUGAGAUUUUGGGAGCAGUUCCAGCAUAGCCAAAGGGCUGGCCAACACUAAUGGCAUUGCCAAGCAUUUCACCUUUAUCUUGAAGAAAAUGCCGAAUACUUAUGUCCGUUGAGAGCAGCUGACUGCUGAAAGCAUCCAGGCAAGAAAGGAAAAUGAAUGCCCGGUACUUUUGGAAAAUUUGCAAGAUAUGUGGAACACGACAUGGAAAGAGGCUGAGCAUGUACAUGAUAAUGUUUUUUGAUGUAAAGAUAGAAGAACCUGUCAAAGUUUUCAAUUUUGUUUAGUCAAUGAAGAGAAUUGGGGAAGGCCAUGAUACCAAGAAGUAGUGUAAAAUGGUAGGAAAGAACAGAGAGUGAGGGAUACUGGAUACAGUGCACUUGACACAUGGAUUUCCUAAACGAGUCUCUAGAUCUUCUCUCUAAUAAGUUGUUUCAAGAUGGUAACUCAAGAGAAGAAGAAGGUGGAUUUUUCCUUGCUCGAAUGGGUUUUGGCAGAUAAGAUCUUCAAUUUUCUAUCAAGCUGAAUGGCCCUGAGCAUCACCUUGUCUAAGCUGGCCCAGGUCUGAUGCACACAAGGCAAGAGAGUAGAUAAUAUUGGAAUGGACAAGAUGGAGGAGGAUGUUCGCACUUUGAGUUUGGUUCGUAAACAUCGUACCAUCACCAUUAUGUGGAAUUUUAGCUAGCCACUUCCAUUUUUAUCUCAAUUCUGCAAUAACAAUUUCUUCACCAUUAAUACAUAUGCACUUGGCAGAGGAAUGUUUGUUGACAAAGAAGUAGAUGAGGACAAUUAUGCUGCCAAGAAGAAUAUGUGCAAUUUUAGACGUAUUCUCAUCCUUGCAU